UCACCUUUUCCUCCUUCAUCCCUUUGCCGUCCAUCACCUCCCAACUCCACCCAUCCUCCUUCCUCAUUUCCCCUCUUUUCGCUGCUGGCCGGCUUUCUUCAUCCCGAUCCUCUCCCUCAACACGGCUAGCAUUAGUGCACCGAGGACGACGCGUGUAUCAAUAUUAUUUUGGACGUGGGUAGCAUCAUGGGAGUCAUCACAGCGCCCUUCACAGCUACGGAGCGGCGCAGUCUCCAGUUGCAAAUUCAUAACGGCCCCUUCGAUGCUGUCCCUGUCCACGACGCUCUUCUCUCUUCCACUCUUGGGCGACGGACGAAGCGAGAUAAGCCAAAAGGCUCACAGGACAACCCUCCUCCCCCUCCUCCCUCUUCUCCCCCUCCGAAGGAUAUGGGCAGCAACAACAAUCAAAGUAAUGAUUCAGGAGACGGAGGUGCCGCGUGUACUAUUACCUUCACCAAAUCGGACAGUGAUAUUGUGACAAAGACAAUUUACCAUGUUACACAAUAUUGCAAAACAGAACCAACGACUUCCUCUUCUAAUUUCGGUGGAAUAGCAAGUGCUUCAUCAACCGGAUCUACCCCUUCCUCGCCAACAACUGAAACACCCAUACCAGACUCGUCUUCUUCCAUUACAGGUAGUGUAGAGCCUGAAGGGUCUGGAGGCUCCUCUGCAAUAAUGACAAAUUCUUCUGCUUUGAGCUCUAGCUCAGAAACACUUGCAAGCCUCACAUCUAGUCUAAUCCCUCCAUCACCACUUUCUGUGCCUACCUCGAGUUCCAGUACUGAAGCCGAUGCCAAUUCCCCUCCUGCCUCAACAUCAACACCAGCUGCACGCGUUCAAAAUACCAGCAAAGCAGGCCCAAUCGCUGGCGGCGUCAUAGGUGGUCUCAUCCUCAUCCUUCUCUUCAUUCUUGGCACAAUCCUCUUCCUCCGUCGAAGGCGACAAAAACGUACACCUGCAUCUGCCGAAUUCAGGGACCGAUACAUCCCGCGAAGUCACGUCGUUACACCUCUCGCGAUGCAAGGAUCCUCGGAAUACUUAGACGACAGGGAUCCCCCUGAUGCUCCCCCUCCUCCGUUCACCCAAGGAGACUAUUCGGACCCGUUGUUUGAGAAGAUUGCUGAGACGAGACAGGCACAUAUGCAGUAUGGGUUUACGAGGUGAUUCAGUUGGUAGUGGAGAUAUGGUUCAAUAUCGGACUUCGUUCUAUGCGUAUGUAUGCGUUUUCGCCAUGUGUCACUCUCUAAGGAAUCAGUCAAAACACCGCGCCGCGUAUCGUUCUCGUCUAUCAUUAUUCUUCGCCGCACGGAUUGCUUUUUCUUUUUUGAUUGUAAUAUGUACUAUAUGCCGGCCUCACCGCCAUUCGACAUUCGACCGCACUCGUUUGAUGAUUUGCCUUUCUCACCUGAAUGAAUGAUUUCUGCGUCGCUCUUUGAUAUAUUCGCCGGAUCUCAUGUUUGCUUGAUUUCCCUUCUUCUCUUCGUGUAAUUUGUAUAUAUAUUGCGUUAGAUUUCGGAUUCAUCUAUCGAGCUGUACCUUUAC